AUGGCCACAAACAAAAAUAUUUCUGAGCAAAAGGUAGAAAUGAAGACUCUGCAGUCUAAGGUGACACGUUUCUCUGAUUUUUAUCAGAGAAAAGCGACCAUUUUAAAGAAAGCACAUGAACUUGCUACUAUGACAGGGGCAGAAGUAGCUGUUAUGAUCAUCUCUCCGAGAGGAAAACAAUAUGUUUAUGGAUUCCCUAAUUUUGACACAAUUAGGAAUAGGUUUCUAAACAUGGAAUCAAAUGAUGACCUUCAGGAUUGUACUACAACAACCAAUUUAACACCUGCAAUUCCAUCUUCAUCUGAACCAAAUUGUGUAACAUAUGAUUUCAAUGUUGAUGGUAACUCAGAUAACGAGAAUACCCCUACAAUUAAUUGA